AAAUGAGGCCAGAGCUCAACAGCGGCGCAGUACUACACUUCAAUCUGCGGGCCACCCUCACCCACAGACACAGAUCCUGCGUUUAUAUACACCGUUUAAAACACACACACUGCUCGCUGCUGUUCAUUUUGCACACACUCAACGGACGAGUUUUGAUUAAAUCACACCUGCAAGAUGGCAGACCAGCUGACUGAGGAACAGAUUGCUGAGUUCAAGGAGGCAUUUUCACUCUUCGACAAAGAUGGCGAUGGCACAAUUACCACCAAAGAGCUGGGCACAGUGAUGCGUUCUUUGGGUCAAAACCCCACUGAAGCUGAGCUGCAAGACAUGAUCAAUGAAGUCGAUGCUGAUGGCAACGGAACUAUAGACUUCCCAGAGUUCCUAACCAUGAUGGCGAGGAAAAUGAAGGACACGGACAGCGAAGAGGAAAUCCGAGAAGCUUUCAGAGUCUUCGACAAGGAUGGAAAUGGCUACAUUAGUGCAGCCGAGCUUCGUCAUGUCAUGACCAACCUGGGUGAGAAGUUGACAGACGAGGAAGUGGAUGAGAUGAUAAGAGAGGCAGAUAUCGAUGGAGAUGGCCAGGUCAACUAUGAAGAGUUUGUCCAGAUGAUGACCGCAAAGUGAAGGAUUGUCUUGUCCUUUCUCUCUUGCAUUGCUUGUCCUACUAAGAUCACUCUGUCUUUAAAAAAGAAAAAAAAAAAUUUACUCCAGAGAGUAGUAGAAUUUCGAAUUCUGUGAUCUCUUACCAAAAAUCUAAUUUUCAGAAGCAAUUUGUGAAACACAGUAGCAGAAGUGAAUGGACCAAGCAUAACUGCAUGAGCCCAUUCAGAGCAAACGUCUCCAGACCUGACAAAUUUUGAGGACAGAACAUCACUUUUUAGUCGAGUUGAAGUCCAUGCCUAUCGUGGCAGUCUUUAAAAUGCAGAGAACAUCUCCUUUCAUGAGUGUUCUUUCAUCGCAUCAAAAAAAGAUUCAUUAAAAUAUUUAAAUGAAAAUAAUGCUAAAUUAAAAAAAUUGUGGUAAAUAGUCCAGGGCCACAGUGCUGCCUUCAAUACAAACUGAGCAAAAACAAUUGCUUGUGACCCUUUGUGGUGAAGUCAUGCUUUUGCGUAUGGCCUUCUGUUUAAGACUCUGAAACAAACACUGGAUGUUGUUUAUGAAGACGUACUUAUUGUAAAAACCCCACGUAUACUCAUACUAUGUAUAACUGAGGUUUAACUGCAGCGUACGACUUGAAGAGUGUGUCUUUUAUGGGCGAUAAGGCAUGUGCUUGGUUUCCAGUGGUUACCGUUGACGGUUUUGUCACUCGAUGACCUUUGUGGGAGCAUUAUGAUGCAAAGUGUGUACAGCAGAAUCGAAAUGUGAUUGAAUAACGAAAACUGUACAAACAAUAUAGUUCUAUAGAUGAUCAUAAUCCUAUCAGUGUUGUGCUUUACAAAUGCACUGUUCUCAAAUAUUAAUGUCUGGUAAACUUAGCAUUGCCUAUUGUUAUCCUAAUUAGGUCUGUGACAUUUGGUUCGACCAUAGUCUUGAAAUGUGCCAUAAUACUCGUAAGCCUCAACGUUCUUGCAAGAUAUCUUGUAGUCAAAUAACAAGUAUGCUAUCUAUCUAUCUAUCUAUCUAUCUAUCUAUCUAUCUAUCUAUCUAUCUAUCUAUCUAUCUAUCUAUCUAUCUAUCUAUCUAUCUAUCUAUCUAUCUAUCUAUCUAUCUAUCUAUCUCUCUCUCUAUCUCUCUCUCUAUCCCUCUCUGUCUAUCCCUCUCUCUAUUCACACAUAUAUAUAUAAAUAUAUACACACACACACAUAUAUAUAUAUAUAUACACACACAUAUAUCUGUAUUUGCACUUUGGUGUAGAUUACACAUCCAAUCACAGAAGAGGAACCUGCUGCUACUGCUACAGCCCAUUUGACUCUUGCUCUUGUGGGUUUGUCUCAACCUCUGUUGUCAAGUGCUCCAAAUUUCAUUUGCGCUCUGCUUGCAAGACGACUGAUGAAGAUCAAACUGUUGAAUGUGGUUUAUUCUGCGGGAUGAAUUGAAAAUGUAUCAAAGGAAUAGUUCACCCAAAAAUUUAAAUUCUGUCAUCAAUACUGGCCAUCAUUUUGGGUGAGAACAUGAUGACCGAAUUUUCCUUUUUGGGUGAACUUUCCCUUUAAAUUAUAUAAUUUGCAAGACUGGUUACUUCGAAGGGCUUGUUAUUGGCCUGAUAAUUGGAUUUUUAAAAAAAAAAUGUAUUACUAAUGUGGAAAGAGCCUUACUCUGUUCAGGUCAGUUUUGUGUCUGUCAGGGUUUAAAAAAAAAUUUAAAAAAAAAGCAACCGGAUGGAGUAUACUCAACAUGUGAAAACUAUGGAAAUGUUAAGGAUGCAUCUGUGUUUUCCAAUCAAAUAAAAUGUAUACAUUUAA